AUGGCCUCUUCUGCCUCCUCCACCACCGUGGCCUCGACCACGCUCAAUUCUGUUCGGGACCACGAGUAUUUCGAAACCGGAGUCAACCACGUCCUCUGCAAGGUCCCCGGAUUAGAUCAGCCUUCGUUCCCGACAGAGUAUCAGAAUACAUGGGAUCUGGAACAUGUCCGGAUGCCCUGCUCCAAGCGGAUCUACGAGUCUGACAAGUCAUUCUGGCCCGAGAUUGUCAAGAGUCUCUCCGAACCUAUUGUCAACUGUCAACAGCUUUCGGAUGUGAUGCUUCAGUGGAACAAGGGCAAACAGAAUGGAUGGAACAUGAAUGCCCUCGACGCCUUUUUGAACAACCGGAGCGCUGAUUUGCCCCUGGAGGAAUCGGGCGCCCACUCCGACACUCUUUUGGAUCCAACGGAACAGCAGAUCCAGGCGGCCCGUGCUGCCCAGAGUAGCUCUGAUGAGGAUGACUAUGACUUCGGAUGGUCGCCUCCACAUCAAGAAGGCGCCUAUGGCGAGGAACAAGUGCAUCCUUUUCAACAGCCAGGAGAGGACGCUGGUACAGGCAUUGAAGAAGGAAGAGGAGGGCCAUUGAAGAGCCAGUUCUUGAGCACGGAGGAGCGUCAGUACUUCUUUGAUGUGACGUUACCCCGGAUGCAGGCUCUAGCCCUGCGACUGCCCGAGCUGAUCACCAAGCCCAUCCCUUUCUUGAAGCAGCAGCAGGACUCGGCAGUCACCCUGUCACAGGAACAGAUCGCGUGUUUACUCGCCAACGCCUUCUUCAACACAUUCCCUUGCAGGAACGUCCCCUACAAGCGCGGAAGGAAGAAGAAGUCGGCUGUCAACAAAGGGGACUCAACCGCCUCGAACGUGAAGCAAGGAGGAAAGAGCGCCGCUGAUGAGGAGGACGAAAGCGAAUCAGACGACGAGGAUGAGCGACCUCCCUCCAAGGGUAAUCGUCAGGCUAACAACAAGGGCGGAGGUGCUCGAGGUGGUGGUAGUGGUGGCGGAGUUCGCGGAGGCGGCCGUGGAGGAAAGAAGGGUCAGGGUAUUCCCCGGCCACCCAGGAAGCAGAGAUCCCAGGGACCUGCCGCUCAGUUCGAGUUCUUUGAAGACAAGUCGCCCUCAUCCCUGUCGACCCAUCUUGAGAAUCUCGCUGUGAGGGAUGGUGAGGUCAAGGUGGUAAAGGACUGGAUGCCCAAGAUGCCCUCCUUCAAUUUUAUCAGUUUAUUCUGGACCGAAGAGUCUCGCACCCCUUGUACGCCUACUCAGGCUGCCAAGCUGCGAUGCAUUCUCCACUACUUUGAUCGUGUCACCACCGAGAUGCCUCGAGGUACAGUGACGUAUCACCGACAAGUUUUGAAGAAGCCAGCAUACCUUGCUGCCAACGAGCGCUGGAGGAAAGAAGACUUCACUCUCAGCAACGUGACUUUAGACUGGUCGACCCCAUUGGAAGAAGCCCCUCAAGGCGCCCUGCAGCUCGACUUUGCCAACAAGAACAUUGGAGGUGGAGCUCUAGAAAAGGGUGCAGUUCAGGAAGAAAUCCGGUUCAUGAUUUGCCCAGAGUUGAUUGUGUCCCGUCUGUUCUGUCAACAGUUGGAGGCCAACGAGGCUGUUCUGAUCAAGGGUGUUGAGCGGUACUCCAACCACAUUGGAUACUCAAAGACAUUUGAGUGGCUCUCCGACCAUCAAGAUCCUACGCCCAGGGAUAAGCUUGGCCGCCGUAUGACGGAGGUCUGCGCUAUUGAUGCUCGGCCAUUCAAGUCGAGGGCAUCCCGCUUGGAUCAGUUCGAACGACACUAUGUACUUCGUGAGAUCAACAAGGCCAUUGUCGGAUUCCGUCAAUCGCCAAUCAACGCAUCUGAAUGGGGCUUGGCUCGACCAGACGACGACGACAGCAGCAGCAGCUCCGCUGAGAGGAAGAGGUUCCGUCCUAUCGCAACAGGAAACUGGGGCUGUGGCGCCUUUGGAGGUCACUUGCAGCUCAAAUUUGUGCUCCAGUGGAUUGCUGCCUCGAUUUGUGGAGGUUUCAGUCCUGAAGACAAGUCCCUGGGAGACGAUCUGUUGUAUUACACGUUUGGAAUGCAGCAGCUCCAGGAGGAGAUCGAGGCCUUUGUCAGGGUUGCCAAUGCUUCUAGAGACGUGAUUGAUCCCAAGCGACUGGUGGAGUGCAUUACACGGUACCCACGCAGGAACCCCGCCGGAGAAAUUCAUUCAUUCCGGGAAAAGACCCUGUUGGAGUACUUGAGCACCGCCAUGACCUUCGUCCCUGAAGCAUGA